GUGCGCACACGCAUGUCUAACCUAACCUAAUCUAUUACUCGUUACCAGUUGCAUAUCUCGCCGUGAAUAUAAACGUGUUUCGAGUGCUCUUAGUGCUGAAUACAUUGCGAACUUAAUUAUAAGUUUUGAGAUUUACGAGUAUAAUGGACAGGUAAACAAAAAAAGCGCUAAAAACUGAUGAUGUGAUACCAGCAACUUUGUUUGUAAGUUCGCGAUUCCUGAAAAUCUGAUUUGGCAGUGUUGUGCAAUGAUAUAAUCGUGUAGCAUGCGUUGGCUAUUAGUGCUUGUGUUGGUGACAGUAGUGGAAGCAGCUGGACCCAGGAGAUGUGCUGGUCGUUUAGCCAGAGAGCGUCUGAAAGCUGCAGAGAAGAUUCGGGAUAAAAGGUUUUAUCUUCUGUGCUGUGCUCCGUCUUGCUCGGUGCCUCAGAGACGUCCACGACCACCGCCUAAUUCAAGGCGGUACCAACCGUUCCACAAGACCUGGUACGGUCUCAAAUAUGGGUGCAACUGUUCAUCAAUGGGUGCGGAAGGCAACGCGUGCGACAUCCGCUCGGGGCAGUGCCGCUGUAGACCCCACGUCACUGGCCGAGCUUGUGACACCUGCGAGGAAGGCUACUGGGGUCUCGAGCAGGGCGGGUGUCGGCGGUGCGAGUGCGGCGCGGGCGCAUCCGCUUGCGACCCUGUCACGGGCCUGUGCGCCUGCGCCGUGGGGGUGGGCGGUCCGAGGUGCGACCGCUGUCUACCCGGGUACUACGGGUUUGGCCCAACGGGAUGCUUAUCAUGUCCCACGUGCACGGACGGGCGGGUUUGCUCGCCGAUAACGGGACGCUGCGUGUGCCCCGCUCGGACCCGCGGUCCCGGCUGCCAGCACUGCGCCCCCGGGUACUGGGGCCGUGCGGCCGGCUGCCGGCCCUGCGCGUGCGGCCCUGGCGCCAUGGCAGACAGUUGUGACGCAAUCUCCGGGCAGUGCCAGUGCCGAGCUGGGUGGAUGGGGCGCGAGUGCUCGAGGUGUGCCGUGGGACACUUCGGGCCACGAUGUCGACCGUGCAGCUGUGACGUCGCUGGCACAAGAGGCUGUGGGCAGGAUUUGUGCGCGUGUGAUCAGAGAGGGCAGUGUCCUUGUAAGGAAAAUGUAGUAGGUGAGAAAUGUGACACGUGCCUAGACGGGACAUUCGGCCUGUCAGAUACCAACCCAGUGGGCUGCACGGCAUGCUUCUGCUUCGGUCGAAGCGCCAAGUGCACGCAAGCUGAAGUGGCGCGAGCGGAGUUGCAUGCCGCUACCCCGUUACAUCUCAAGCUAUUAAGAGGAGACAUGGUUAAUACCGCUACGAUGGACAUAGAUUCACCGUUCGCAGUCCGCACCAGUCUGCACGAGGCCACGAUACCCCUUCCCUGGCCUCCCGCUCCGGUGUACGCGGAACUUGGCGAGCUGUUCCUGGGUGACCAUGUACUGUCGUACGGAGGAGCCUUGCGGUUCCAGGUGGAAGAGGAAGGCGGAGAAGGCCUGCCUCAGCAUGUACUGAUGAGGUUCCCACUUGUCAGCAUUUAUGGGAACAACAUCGUAUUGGACUACUAUGAGCGUGUACCAGCGGUCAACGGAUCACACGCCGUCUACCUACACGAGUCACUAUGGGAAGUUCGUCCAAGACCUGGGGAUCGAGGUCGAACAAGAGGGCCAGUAGUGGCGUCCAGGUCUGCACUGAUGCUGGGGCUGCUGGAUAUUCAGCGGCUACUGUUACGACUGAGUACCCGAGCACCCCUCAGUAUAGAACCUUUACAUGUGCUAUUAUUGAACGUGUCACUGGAGACAGCAAUAGCCGGCCUCACUCGUGGAGCCCCGGCUCCUGGUGUGGAGCGUUGCUUGUGUCCUCGAGGGUAUGACGCAGCGUCUUGCCACCGUCCUGCCGCUGGUUUCUGGAUGCCGCCGUCUCCCCCACAGCUGCAUCACAUCGCUGGAACUAUUGUCAUCAACGUUGAGGGAACUGCGAGGCCUUGCGAGUGUAAUAAUCGAGCUACUGAGUGUCAUCCACGGACUGGGCAUUGUUUGAACUGCACGCACAACACUGGGGGCGCGAAGUGUGAGCGCUGCGCGGAGGGGUACUACGGCACUCCUGAGCUGGGCUGCGAGCCGUGCCCGUGCCCGGCACGUGACCGGCCGCACGCUACCUCGUGCGCGGUGGCGCACGGCCGGCUACGGUGUUACUGCAAGAUUGGUUACACCGGCCCGAUCUGCGGGUCAUGUGCGAGUGGCUUCCGACCACACGGCGACGAGUGUGUGCCGUGUGAGUGUGAUCCACGCGGCGCCGUGUCGUCACGCUGUGAUGCGCACGCUCGGUGUCGCUGCAGGCCCUUCGCGACUGGGGACAAGUGUCAACUGUGUGCCAUGACACGACACUAUCUGGACGAGGAUGGAUGUAAACCUUGCGAUAAUUGCACACAAACACUAUUAGACUCAAUUGAGGGCCUGACCAGAGACCUACGAUCACAGGCAGAUCCAACAGAGCUGAGCAGGAUACCCCAACCCUAUUCAGCUUUACGUGAAUUCGCCCACAACGCCUCUGUACUGCAAACCUCACUUCAACCUGUAAAGCGAAUUGUAGAAAAAUCCAGAUAUUUAGAAACAGCCGUAGAUAAAUUGGAAGCAUCAGAACAUGAACUAUUUACAAUAGCAAAUAAAAUAAAAACGGAAGCAUCUAGAAGAGAAAAAGAGGCUUACUCCCUGAGUUUAGAAAGUAUGAGCGGUUUGGAAGAAGUAUUAAAACAGAGAGGCAUAAUAGGCGAACAGGUAGCAGUGUUAGAUGAUUUUGCAAGAGGGGAAAAACAUUUAAACGCACACAGAGCCUUGAAGGAAGCACGUCAUUUACUAAAAUCUAUAAAACAACUGAGUUUGUUUGACGCUAUUGCUGGAGCCACAGAUGUAUCAGAUUUGGCAAACAUGCAAUCGACGUCAAUCCAAGAAUUCAAUUAUCGUGUAGAUGAUGAGCUAAAGCGGAUCCACCAGCUGCAGUCACGACUUGAAGAGUGGGAGAUGAAGGCGGAAGAUAUUCCUAAGCUUGCUCAAACUGUGUGGAAUGCGAGUGAUGUGGUGGUUGAGUUGAAGAGACGUGUUGUACCAAAAUUGGCUAUCGUCAAAGAUAUAGGACUGCGGUGUCGACUUAUUUUAGAGGACAUCGGCAAACUUUCUACCCACAAUCUAACCGACGAAACACGGGCAGCAAUAUUACACACACAAAACUUAGCUGUGGCAUUUCCAGCUACUCUAGCAGAACUCCAGAACCUUACUGCAGCGGCUGAGGAGAAGGAAGGGAUCUUGUAUAACCUCACGCCUAAAUACAAAGAGAAAUACUUGGAUGCUGUAGUGGAGCAUGUAGCGUUGCUGGGAGAAAAGGCCAAAGAGUACAAAAAUUUGUUUGCUGGAACAAGAGCAGUGGCCUCAGCGGGCGUGCAAGCAGCUCAAGCGUGGUCUGAAGUUGCUGAAGGGGUUCGUGACGCUGCUGCCGCUGCUGAUGCUGCUACUGCUGCGGCUGAUCUGGCGUCCAAGCUUGCGAGAGGACCUCAGCCUUUGCUGGCUACAGCUGAUGAAGAGAAAUCUGCCUCGGAGCUGUUGAAGAGGCGGGGAUCGGAAGUUCUGUCUAAGGCUGACGAUCUACGUCGUCAACUAGAAACAGCUCAACGUGGUACUGACGCAGUCAGCGUUGGUCUCCGAGCAUUAGGCUGGCGCGAACGAGCACUCGCUAGCGGCGCGGAAAGCGGAGCGGCGAGCGGGGCGGGAAACAACGCUGUGCCCACGCUGCGACUUGCAAGCACGCAAGCCGAACGCGUGUUCGCGAGCACUCGAGCAUUAUACGAUGAAGCGGCAGAGACCAGGAGGAAGGUGCGGUACCAGUUGAGAAGGAAUCUUGCGGCUUUGCAGAGGUUGGGGGAUACGGCGCUAGGAGCUGCUGAGGAACAUGUGUCGCAGAUCCGUGGCAACACGCUGCGAGGGCGAGAGGUCGCUGAAGCGCUCGCAGCCGCUGCAGCGGCGCGGGCUAAAGAACACGAAAGUGCUGCAGCCUCGCUGAAUCCGGCGCUGCAAGCGCUGAGGGAGCAAAUACAGCGUGCGAAACACGCAGCGUCUUCUAUAUCAGUGUCAGUAACAUCACCACCAGCGGACGCCGGUGUGGGUUGCGCUCGCGCAUACUCCACGUGGACCGGUCCUGCUGCGACUCGCGCCACGCUUGCCUUGAGCUUCGAGUCCGUUAUACAUGAUGGCACGCUUCUGUAUUUGCCUGACCAGGAGAACACAGAACGUUACAUGCGUCUGUCAGUGGAAAAGGGCAGACUCCGAGUGCGCUGGGACGUAGGGGGCGGCGAGGGCGUUAUCGAGCACCCUGAAGUAUUGCAGGCAACGCUGGACGACGCUGAUCACACCACCUACCGGCUGAACAUAGAGAGGGUAUGGGGCACAGUGAAACUGCGCGUGGAACGAGUGGGUACUCCAGCCAUCACGUCCUCCAACAGCACAGCAGUGGCCCCAGGGUCAGGGCUCCUUAGACCAGCGUUAUGGUGGCUCGGAGAGACGGGCGCUCCGCUGCCGGCCUGCGUGCAUUCAUUACAUGCGGACCAUGGGCCGAUAGGGCUGUGGGCUUUUACGAAACAGCCAUCUACAGCGAAAUGUAUUGGAUGCACACAGAGAUGGUUCAGCGACUCCCGCGGUACUGAGGGCAUGGUCUGGAUGGGCGGCUCGGGCUACGUGGCACUACGCCGCUCCCGACGCCCGUCCGACCGACGUCGGUUCAGUCUCGCGCUGACCUUCCGCACCACGGACACUGAUGCGCUGCUGUUCCUCGCACAUGAUAAGGCCAAUAAUCGUUCCGUGUCGGUAUGGGUGCGUGCCUGCCGGGUGGUGUUUCUGGUGCAAUACUCUGAAUCGCGGCUCGAGAUCACGGCGGGCGGGCGGCACUGUGAUGGACGACCAGCUCAUCUUCAGGCCACGAGGGUGUUUAACGGACUUGAGAGAGGCAGUCUGCGCGUGAACGGCGAGGAAACCCUCGGGUCUCCUUCUCCUCCAGUCCAGUCCGCAGCUUCUCUCCCAGAGCUCUCAAGCUCCACGUACUGGGUCGGAGGCCUGCCUCCUGAGGGCGAAGACCUGGGCUACGAGUCCUUGCCGCUCCUGGGGUGUGUUGGCGGCAUCAUGGUGGAUAGAGAGGGAUAUGAUCUGAUGGAUACUUCAAGUCGAUAUGGAGUUGAAUCCGGAUGUGCUGCUAGGCCCAUCCGCUCGGCAGUGUUCGAAGGCGAAGGCUUCAUAGAGCUGGCAUCACCAGUGAUCCGCCGCAAGACCUCCGUGGGCGUAUCGUUCCGUGCCCGCUCCCCGUCCGGUCUGCUGCUGUUCCGGGCACCGACCAUCGCCGUGGAUGAUAACGAGGUUGAAGAUGAGGAUGGGGAUGAUCAUCACUAUCUUGUUCUAGCUCUUGUGAAUGGUGAUCUAGAACUACUAGCCAAUGCAGGUAAAGCUGAACUGAGGUUACGGAUGAACGGAACAAAGCUGGAUGACGGAGUCCUGCACACCGUUCGACUGGUCCGGGCUCAUAAGCAGAUGGAGAUAUGGGUAGAUGAGAAGCGAAUCGGCGGCGGCGUGCUGGCGGGCGGUGCGUUCGCGGCGCGCAAACGUGGCCUGUACCUGGGAGGAGUGCCAGCCUCAUACUCCUCAGGGCUGCAGCUCCCCGCUGGACCCUUUACUGGCACUGUGGCUGACUUUAUUGCGGAUUCUACUUGGAUAGGCCUGGAAACCAGCGUCCGUCGAGGCGGAGUGCGGCUGGGUCGAGCUGACGGCGAGCUGCGGGACGCGCGCAGUGAACCCAGGGCCUUACACGUGCAGCCCGAUGCUGACACUGGCUGUGCUAAGAUGUCGUCAUAUACCGUGGAGGCGGGUGCGGUAAAGUUUGGGGAUAUGACUGGCAGUUACGCUACUCUACGGAUAGGACGUGAGAGUAGGGACAAGGGCGCAAAGGCAGAGUUUGCCUUUACCCUGCAGCUACGAACCUUUGCUAGCGAUGGAUUGCUGAUGCUUCUACCAGGGUCCAAACUAAAGCCAAAGCACUAUACAGCACUAUUGAUACGUGAAGGUCGCUUGAAGUUGGUGGUGCGCGGAAGGAGACGAAGGGAGGUCACCCUCGCUGCUACGAGAAUGGAUGACGGAUUGUGGCAUUCGGUGACAGUGCGCAUAUCGCGGAGCCGCAUCGUGCUGUCGAGCGGCGGCGCGGCCGCCACGGCGCGCGCGCCGCCGCACUCGCGCGCCGCUCGACUCUACUUCGGGGGCCCGCCGCCCGAAGCCCUCGUGCCGCAUGUUCCUAACUCAAUCUUGCGCGUAGGCGGCUUCGUGGGCUGCAUCAGGCGGGUGACGAUCAACGGUCGCGCGGAAGACCUGGUUAGAGACGCGCGAGCUCACACCUCGGUCGGGCAAUGCUUCCCACAUAUCGAGAGAGGAGCUUACUUCGCAGGUGACGCAUACGCAGAAUGGGCCGGGGGUUGGAACGGAGCCGGGGAAGGCAUCGAGGGUGGAGAGGGAGAGUCCAUAGAGCUGAGGCUGCAGUUCCGCGCCGCGAGCGGGGCGGGGGUGCUGGCUGCGAUCGCCGGGGCAUUGCUCGAAUUGAAGGAUGGAACGGUGGUGAUAAGCUUGGGCGGGGCGCGCGUGGAGUCAAGCUCGCGCGUGUGCGACGGGCGCUGGCACGCGGUGCGCGCGCGGGUGUCUCGGAACAGCGUCUGGCUCGCACUGGACGCCGCGCCCGACGAACGCGCCGCGCCUGCGCUGCUGCCUGCUGCGUCCACCGCUGCGUUGGAUGCCCCUCUAUACAUCGGAGGAUUACCUGAAGGUGCAUCAGAGCUGGCAGAAGGGCGCGAGAACUUCAAGGGCUGCAUCCGUGACGUCAUCGUGGGGGGAACGCCCCGCGACUGGAAGAAUGCGCGAUCUAAACACAACGUUCUGCUGGAUUCCUGUCCUGUUGCACAGUGACCCCUAACUUAUUUUGUGAUGGACUUACAAUGAAAAGGGAGAAACGUUAUACAGGAUGUAACCAGAACGCUAGCAAAAAUGAAGACAGAUCCUACUGAUGAUCAUUGAUAGGAUAGGUACUAU